GCUAUUCCCAAUCCACGUCCGAGAUGGCUAUCUCGAAGAAGGCAGGGAAGAAGCCUGUGGCGAAGAAGGCCGGGGGAGGUCCUGGAAAGGUGGCCAAGGCGGACUGGAAGGAAGGAUUCAAGAAGAAACAAGUCGGUGUAUCGGACAUGACCUUGUUGACGACGAUCAGCAAUGAAAGCAUCAACGAGAACCUGCAGAAACGCUGGAAGAGUGGGGAGAUUUAUACAUAUAUUGGCCCCGUCCUCAUCUCCGUCAACCCAUUUCGAGAUCUUGGUAUCUACACCGAUGAGGUCCUUCAACGAUACAGAGGCAAAAACAGGCUUGAGGUUCCACCUCACGUCUUCAGCAUUGCUGAGGGUGCCUACUACAACAUGAAGGCGUAUCAUGAGAACCAAUGCGUGAUCAUCUCUGGAGAAUCCGGGGCGGGCAAGACGGAAGCAGCGAAGCGAAUCAUGCAAUACGUUGCUGCUGUAUCCGGUGGAGAGGACAGUGGGAUCCAACAGAUCAAGGACAUGGUUCUUGCAACGAAUCCGCUCCUGGAGAGCUUUGGAUGUGCUAAAACGCUGCGCAAUAACAAUUCCAGUCGCCAUGGAAAGUACCUUGAGAUCAUGUUCAACAGUCAAGGGGAACCUGUCGGAGCACAAAUCACCAACUACCUGCUCGAAAAGGGCCGCGUCGUCGGACAGGUGCAGGACGAACGCAACUUCCACAUCUUCUACCAGUUCACGAAGGCUGCAUCGAGUGCGCAAAGGGAUGAGUUCGGCCUUCAGGGCCCCGACGCGUAUGCGUACACUAGCUUGAGUAAUUGUUUAGAAGUGGAGGGCAUAAAUGAUGAGCACGAUUUCACCGAAACCCUAAACGCGAUGCAAGUCAUCGGUUUGACAGCUGAAGAACAAAACGAUAUUUUCCGCAUGCUUGCCAUCGUGCUUUGGCUGGGAAAUGUUCAGUAUACCGAAGGCGAUGACGGCAACGCAGUAAUUGCGGAUACUUCAGUCACGGAUUUCAUCGCGUAUCUCAUGGAGGUCGAUGGUGCACUGGUUCAGAAGGUGAUGACGACGAAAGUUGUCGAGACUCAACGCGGAGGGAGACGUGGUUCUGUCUACGACGUCCCAUUGAAUCCAGCCCAGGCUUCAGCAGGGCGCGAUGCACUGGCCAAAGCCGUUUACAAUAAUCUAUUCGAAUGGAUAGUUUCGAGGAUCAACAUCUCAAUGAAAGCUCGCGGGGGUGUUGCUCAGCUGAUUGGCAUCCUGGAUAUCUUUGGCUUUGAGAUCUUUGAGGAAAACUCCUUCGAGCAAUUAUGCAUCAACUACGUCAACGAGAAGUUGCAGCAAAUCUUCAUUGAGCUCACGUUGAAAGCGGAACAGGAAGAGUAUGUGCAAGAGCAGAUCAAGUGGACUCCCAUCAAGUACUUCAACAACAAGAUCGUGUGCGAUCUCAUAGAGGAACGACGACCUGCUGGAAUUUUUGCCACGCUCAACGACGCCUGUGCCACUGCUCAUGCGGAUCCUACCGCCGCUGAUAACAGCUUCAUCCAGCGGUCAAGUAUGCUUUCCAGUAACCCACACUUCGAGUCGCGUGGAACCAAAUUCCUUGUCAGGCAUUACGCCGGUGACGUGAUGUACAACGUGGCUGGAAUGACGGACAAGAACAAGGAUGCGCUGGUGAAGGACCUCUUGGACCUGAUUGGAACCAGCGGAAAUCAGUUUCUGCAAGGUUUGUUCCCUGACCGUCCCGAUCCCAACAGCAAGAAGCGUCCACCUACUGCGGGUGAUAGGAUCAAGGCCUCCGCGGGCGCUCUGGUCGAAAACCUCAUGCGCUGCCAGCCGUCAUACAUUCGCACGAUCAAGCCGAACCAAAACCGAAGCUCUACGGAAUAUGACUCGCCCGCAGUUUUGCAUCAGAUCAAAUACCUCGGAUUACAGGAGAACAUUCGCGUGCGGAGAGCGGGUUUCGCCUACAGGAACACGUUCGAGAAAAUGAUUGAGAGAUUCUACCUUCUGUCUCCGGCUACUUCCUAUGCCGGCGACUAUAUCUGGCAAGGCGACGCGAAAUCCGGUUGUGAGCAGAUCCUGAAGGAUACGGGCAUAGCUAGAGAUGAGUGGCAGAUGGGCGUUACAAAGGCGUUCAUCAAGAAUCCCGAAACUCUUUUCGCCCUUGAAACGAUGCGCGACCGAUAUUGGCAUAAUAUGGCAGGUCGCAUUCAACGGGCAUGGAAAAAUUACAUGCGUUACAAGCACGAAUGCGCCCGACGCAUACAACGAUUCUGGAAGAACAACAAGGAGUCCAUCGAGUACGCCAAGAAGAGGGACUAUGGCCAUCAAAUCCUUGCGGGUCGCAAGGAGCGCAGGCGCUUCAGUCUUCUUGGUUAUCGCCGAUUCAUGGGAGACUACCUUGAUGUUAAUGGCAAGAGUGAUCUUGGCGCAGAGCUCCACGACGUAUGCGGUCUCGGUUCCGAGUCGGUGGAGUUUAGCUCCCGAGCGCAAGAACUUGUUUCUAAGCUGGGUCGUUCCAGUAAACCAAGCCCUCGCUACCUCAUUGUAACGCAAAAAGCCGUGUACAUUGCGGUGACUAACUCCACGAAGGAGGGCGGCAUCAUCACAAGUCUAGAGCGCAAGAUACCCUUGAUCACUAUCAAGAGUAUCGCUGUGUCUAAUCUUCGUGAUGACUGGCUGGCCUUAAAUACGAACAAUCCGGAGGAAGCGGAUCCUAUCAUUAGCUGUUAUUUCAAGACGGAAUUCUGCGCGACUUUACUCAGACUGACUCAGGCAAGCAUCAAUCUGGUGAUAGGACCCACCAUUCAAUAUUCCAAGAAGAAGGGCAAAUUGGCGGAAGUGAAAUUCAUCAAGGAUGAGACUGUACCGAGAGAUGACGUGUACAAGAGUCAUACGGUACACGUCCCAUCUGGUGAACCGCCAAGCAGUGUGUCCAAGCCCGUUCCGAAGCCGAAGCCCGGAGUAGUACGUCCGAUCACUCAAGGGAAGCUCUUAAAGAAAGGCGGUCCGUCAAGUAGACCCGCGGCGUCCCGGCCGAAACCCGCGGCGCAGGCCUUACCAGGAAAGUCGGCGCCAACCGUGACCGCAAAGCCGUCAGUUGCCACGGCGGCGUCGGCGUCGGCGGUGCGUGCCCCGCCGCCGCCUCCCAGUCGAGCUGCUGCGCCUCCACCGCCGCCUGUAGAACCGGAUGUGGAACGAUACAAGGCUAAAUUUGCCUUCGAAGGUCAAGAGGGGGAGAUGUCGUUGAAGAAGGAUGAUGUCGUAGAACUGGUCGAGAAGGAUGAUAACGGGUGGUGGUUAGUGAGGAAGAAUGGAGUUGAAGGUUGGGCGCCUUACAAUUACCUGGAGCUGGUUCCGCCGGAAGCCAAGGCUGCUCCUCCGCCCCCGCCCCCACCUCCUGCUGCUAGAAGACAGCCACCGUCCGCGCCGUCAACGAGUGGAUCUGCCAAAUCCAGUGCACCGACUCCCAAAGUUGCAGUAUCUAUCAAGUCCCUUGCCGCAGAUGUCUCAGCCAAGCCCGUGUCCGUAUUCCCUGGUAUGGCACCAGCCAACGGAUCGGCAACACCAUGGAAGAAGCAUGCCGCUGUUCCAACAUCCAAUGCUGCUUCGGAAGACAGUUCGCCAGCUUCUUCACGCCCCCCCAGCACAUUAGGACGCGCUCCUCCGCCAUUGGCGGCCAAGCCUAAACCGCCAGCUCCGCCGUUGGCAUCUAAACCAGGUGCACCUAAGCCUCCAGGAAAGCCUGCUGUGCCUUCUGCCCCCAGGCCCACACCCGCCGCGCCGCCUCGGCCAGGAGGCGUUUCCAGACCGGCGGCAGCACCAGCAGGGCAAAUGGACUUGGCUGCCGCCCUUGCCAGGCGUGCUCAGCGCAUAGCGGAAAAUGAUUGAUGUGCAAGACCGGCGGU